UUGUCCACAAAAGAGACCCCAAACUAAACAGACAGGAGAACAUAGGGAUUUACGGUCCAGCCGGUAGCGACUAUCGCACAGUGUUCUACAACAACUCAUGAUCAGAAGACGCGAGGUCUACAGACAUCGGAUGAGACAUGUUCAUUCUCCCGCUGAUCUCCAUCUUUUACAUCGUCAUAGCUCGAGCCAGAGGAGCACGAGUAUGUUACUGGGACCUGGGAUGCUUCACGGAUGAGCCUCCCUACCCUGAGCGCCUCCCCCAGCCUCCCGAGGCGCUGAACGUGCAGUUCCUCCUGUACACCCGCCACAACAUGGACGACCCGCAAACUCUCACCGUGUGGGACAUAGAGGGGACAGAGACUUCCCACUUCAAUAGGACUGCGGACACCAAGGUCAUCAUACAUGGCUUCAUUGAUGACACCGACGUCGAGUGGCUCAUCAACAUGAAGGACGCCAUAUUGUACAGGGAAGACGCCAACGUCAUCCUGGUGGACUGGGCGGGGGGUUCGAAAACCCUGGACUACACCCAGGCAGCGGCAGACACCAGGGUGGUGGGGUCAGAGGUCGCCAGAUUUAUCAUUUUUAUAAAGUAUUUAAAAGACUACCCGGAAGAAAGAUUUCAUCUAAUAGGUCACAGCCUUGGGUCACAUAUAGCAGGGCAAGCGGGGAAGUUAUGGAAAGGAAUAGGUAGAAUAACGGGGCUGGACCCCGCCUACCCGUUCUUUGAGGGUAAACCGCCGGAAGUCCGCCUCGAUCCGACAGACGCCAUCUUUGUAGACGCCAUCCACACUGACGGAGAUGCUAAUCACAAAUUAGCCGGUUUCGGCAUGAUGGACCCAGUCGGCCAUCUUGAUUUCUACCCGAACGGUGGGAUGGACCAACCAGGGUGCGGGGAGUCUCUGUUUGAGUACGUCAGGGACCAAGGUGUCUGGGGAGGCGGCGAGACGUUUGUCGUCUGUAACCAUCUCCGGGCGGUCAUUCUCUUCAUAGACUCCAUAAACUCGGAUUGUUCCUGGAGGGCCUACCCUUGUUCGGAUUAUCAGACUUUUGUAGAUGGAAACUGCAUGACAUGUGGUGACGCAGGUUGUUACUCCAUGGGUUACGAUGCAGACAAGGCGUACACAGCAGGCAGUCCGGUCAACAUGAAACUGUACAUGACUACAGCGGACAGCUAUCCUUUCUGUCACGAAGAGCUCCACCAUGUCAAGUUAUCCCUCAGCAAACCUCCGGACUGCGAGGAGUACAAGGCUGAACAGCUGUAUCUGCGCCUGCGCGGGGAAAACAAGUCCACUGAAAACACCCCACUGUUAAAGGACCACCUUUCCUUGGAACACAAGAGUGACAGCUUCGAGUUUAUCGUGGGGAGUCGGAAGGGGAUCGGGUCCAUCCGGGGACUUGACCUUCGGUGGAAGCCGUACUCAGAUAACAUCCUGAGCAGUCUGGGCGUGUUCGCCGAGUGGCUGUUCGCGUCGGAUCUCGGCACGUGCGUCAAGCUGGACAAGGUUCGGGUGGACACCGCGGGGGAUGUCAACGGGACGACCACUGAAGUGGUCUGUACACGAAAGGACCUGCAGCCCGACAUCACACAAACAUUCCAGCUAGAAGAGGGCUGCCUGUGAGCGAAGUCGCCGAGAUCGGAUAGAGAGCUGUACGGUCGAAGGGUUUUGACAGGAACUGUUUAGCAGAAACUGUUUGGUCCAUACUACGCGUAUACGUCACAUUUCCAAACCGGGGCCCGGUCGGGCAGCUUUCGAGAACGGAAAGUAUGAUAUAAAAGACAUUAAACUACACAAGACCUAAAGAGAAUAGUCGUGGGCAUUAUUUGUGAGUAUUGUCCCGCGUACAUUUCUAUUUUUCGUUUCCACAAGCAGCCCGGCAUUACUAAACUAAUGAGCGAUUGUUAGUAAGAACAAAACAUAAUUAAAACACGAUACACGUCUAUUCUUUAAUGGCCCUGGAAUCAUGUCUGUGUGUCAUUCCGUUACAAGGUGGAUAACGUUGAAAUUUAGAAAGAUUGGUGGAUUUCCACCGAUACGUGUAUUAUCUUGUACUGUGAGGUUUAGCAGACACAAAUGAUGGGUAUUUACAAGAUGUUGAUGAGUAAUAAGAAAAGGAUGUAGAGAAAGAACGGAGAACGGAAGACUAGAGGCACAUUGAAGGACGGGUGGGAGAAAGGAGAAUGGGUAAGAAGGAAGAAAGGGAUGGAGUAAUGAAGUAAGAAAGGGAAGAAGGAACAAAUGGAAGAAUGAAAGGAAAAAGAAAGAAGAAAAAGAAAAGGGAAGGAAGAGGGGGGGAAGGAAGGAGAGAAGAAUGAAAGAAUAGAAGCGGGAAUGCUGGAAUGAGUAUAAUUUUAGAAUUGCCUGUUGAAGAUGUAAACAAAUAGUUGUUUUGGACAUUGGAGUAAAGCCCUUCAUGACUUUUGUAACAUCCGGCAGCAGGGUGCAAGAAAAAUGCAAGACGUUUGUAUAAUUCCAACUUAUGUUCCAGCUAAGCUGAUUAUCAUCGAUUACCGAUCAUGAUCAGAUAUAAUUGUUUCGAAAACAAAGAUUCGUAACUGUUGUUCAAAUUUUCCACAGCCGUAACAAAAAUUAUAUAGAUGUAAGUAUUGAUGAUUCUGUUAAUAUGCAAAUAUGUGAUUCGUGUAUUGAUAAGAUUAUCAGUUCUUUGUUGAUUUUUUUAUGUCUUAUGGCAGGUUUUCCUACUUGACAUACUGACCUGGUUGUUGGGCUUGUUGACUAAACGUUCUGGGUUCGAAUCCCUUGCCUUUUUACUCAUUUGAUCGGGUAAAAAAUUAGCAUCUGGCUUUGGUUAGGGACGUCGUCUUGGAUAGGACGUAGAGCAGAAAGUUCAGUGCUUGAAAAAGGUCACAAACUGGGCACGUUAAAGAACCCACCACACUUAUCGAAAAAAUCAGGAGUCCAUCUCAGUGUGAGUGGAUCAAAUUUUACUGUCUGUAUGACGUAACGUAAACCUACAAGACCGGUGCGUUACUACUUGAGACAAGUCGUUUCAUUAAGGAACAUAUUAAAGGAAAUGUAUGGUACAUGGUUUGAAAGUUUUUUUUUUAAAUCAUACAUGUCGUUUCCUUUGGUGGAUACUAUUGGACAGAAACGUAUUUUCUUUUUACAUUUGUUUCUGGAUGUUGUUAAGUGGUAUUGACGAUGGUGCUAUUAAUUACGUAAUGCCUGUUCAUUUGUCAUAGAGUAUAUCUUUAAGUAUGGCUCCAUUCUCAAAAGGUGCCAUGGGCGAUACGGCGUGCUUGUUGUUUGAAAAUUUGUACCUCGGUUUGAUACGGAAUUGAUGUUGUGAUGUCUUUGUUUACCGUCUUUUUUCACCAUUAAAAACAUACCUUGACCUUGA